AUGUGGAGGCCUUAUACUUUGUUUGUUGUGCCCAUGCGAUUCGGGAGUCCGCUUCAGUUGAGGUCGCUAUUUGUUUCCCGCAUGCCUGGUCGUUUUGACGCCUUUUUGACACGGCGAUUUGUUUCAACAGCAACACCCGGAGGGCAGCCGAUUUGUAGUGACUCUCAUAAUUCUGCAGCAUGUCUUACGGCUGAGGAGUUCUCCAACAUCGUCCCCAUGUUUUUGUUGGGUCAAGCGCUACGUCAACACACUUCUAAUGAGGAAAAUCGUGCAGGCGCAGGUGAGUUUGUCAUUACCCGCGAGGUAUUCAACCGCUACUGUAGCGAAAGCCACGUGGAAGACACGGACAAAGCUCUUCAACUCCUCUGCGAAAGCGGUGUCGUCGUUUCUAUUUCUGAUGGAGCGGCGGUUCAUCUUCGACCGGUGCAGUUCCUUCAAAUGCACAAUGACGCCGCUGAUGCGAGUGAUGCGAAGGUGAAGACACCGUUUGAAGAUUAUAUCCGGGCAGCACAAAACCGUUUAGCGGAUGCGGAAGCGGAAGAAAUGGCGAUGCGGGUUGCGCUUCAACCUGCUAUUGAUAAUGCAGCGAAGCGGCGGCGACUCUUGUGGUCGGGUGCCCUCUGCCUUAUGGCGGUCCAACUUGCAGUGAUCUCACGGCUAACAUUUGUUGACCUUGACUGGGAUAUCAUGGAACCUGUGUCAUAUUUUCUGGGCAGUGGUACAUCGAUCCUGUUUCUUAUUUAUCUUCUCAGGAAUGGGCGGGUGAAGAGCUACAAGGAAUAUGAAGAGAAGGCAGCGGCGUCGCGUGUUCGGCUGCACGCUCCGGCAGACUUCGAGUGGAGGAAAUACGAUGCAGUGGUGAGACGAGUGGAGGUGGAGAAGAACAUGGUGGAGCAAAUGCGGAAGUGGUUUAAACAUCACUGA